GCAGUAUAACAUAAAAGUUCUUCCCUUUCUAAACUUGGCAUGCGAGACUAACCAACUUUUGUGCAGGUGAAACAAACAGCAGAGGAAAGACAGAGUGAGCCAUGGCUUCCAUCACUAUGACAGCUUCAUUCCUCGGCACUAAUGCCGUGUCGAAACAGUCUUUGAGCCAUGCCCGUCGUGGUGUCGUGAUGGCCAAGGCCAUGAGGGGGUCGGAAAACUGCAACACCACUAAGGAAGACACCAAUUCAAAGAGAAGGGAUUUGGUGUUUGUUGCUGCAGCUGCCGCGGCAUGCUCCAUUGCAAAAAUUGCCAUGGCAGAAGAGGAACCGAAACGAGGAACACCAGAAGCUAAGAAGAAGUAUGCACCCAUCUGUGUCACUAUGCCAACAGCGAAGAUCUGUUACAAGUGAGGAAUUCUGAUAUUUGAAUCAGUAGCAAAUGCUAAACUAUGUUAAUAUUAUAAUUGUAAUCUUCUGUAAAACUUAUGCUACCUUAAUGCACUAGUUAUCUUUUAUUUUUGCAAACAGUUCAUCUUUUUCCUAAUCUAAUGUUUGUUUGAAAGAACUAGAAAUUAAUGGUUACAAUGUUA